CUGAGUGCCUGGGCAAGCAGCUAGGCGACCGGAACUUUCCAAGAGCAGUGCUGUCAGCCACUGUGCAGACAUGUCAAGAUUGCAGAAGAGAAAAUAUCAACUGGGUUUGGCAGCAUGAAAAGGCCAGUGACCUUGUGACAUUUCUACUGGAAAGCUGGGGGUAAAAGACAUACAGCAGGUCGAGGAACAAGUGACAAGUGAGGAUGCACGUGGAGCCAGCAAAGCAGUGCAGGCAGCUCUUUGAAGGAGAGUGCUGGCUGGAAAGUUCCGUCGUGUUAGGGUACUGAAAGGCUGAGGGAAAGGAAGGAGUGGAGCUGGAGAAGGCCCGUGGUGUCGCCCUAAUGGCCUAUCGAUAACUCUACGCUCGGCCUCAGCCUUUAUCGACUCACUUCGGCUCCGCUCGCCGUCCUGGACCACGGCGGAGCGCAGAGCCGCGUGUAAGAUGCUCUGACCUUUGAUCCCUGCCGAGUUUUCUAAGCAGCCACAACAUGAACACGUCCCCAGGCACGGUGGGCAGUGACCCAGUCAUCUUGGCCACUGCGGGCUAUGACCACACGGUGCGGUUCUGGCAGGCCCACAGUGGGAUCUGCACCCGUACAGUGCAGCACCAGGACUCUGUGAACGCGCUCGAGAUCACCCCUGACCGAAGCAUGAUCGCUGCUGCAGGUUAUCAGCACAUCCGCAUGUACGAUCUCAACUCCAAUAAUCCCAACCCCAUCAUCAGCUAUGACGGGGUCAAUAAGAACAUUGCGUCGGUGGGCUUCCAUGAGGAUGGCCGCUGGAUGUACACCGGAGGAGAGGAUUGCACCGCCCGGAUCUGGGACCUCAGGUCCCGGAACCUUCAGUGUCAGCGGAUCUUCCAGGUGAAUGCACCCAUUAACUGCGUGUGCUUGCACCCCAACCAGGCGGAGCUCAUUGUAGGUGACCAGAGCGGCGCCAUCCACAUCUGGGACUUGAAAACUGACCACAAUGAGCAGCUGAUCCCGGAGCCUGAGGUCUCCAUCACAUCUGCGCACAUAGACCCAGACGCCAGCUACAUGGCAGCAGUCAACAGCGCUGGGAACUGCUUUGUCUGGAAUCUGACAGGCGGCAUUGGCGACGAGGUGACACAGCUCAUCCCCAAGACCAAGAUCCCAGCACACACCCGCUAUGCCUUGCAGUGCCGCUUCAGCCCAGACUCCACGCUUCUCGCCACCUGCUCGGCAGACCAAACUUGCAAGAUUUGGAGGACAUCCAACUUUUCCCUGAUGACAGAGCUAAGCAUCAAGAGCAGCAACCCCGGAGAGUCGUCCCGAGGCUGGAUGUGGGGCUGCGCCUUCUCGGGGGACUCCCAGUACAUUGUCACUGCUUCCUCUGACAACCUGGCCCGGCUCUGGUGUGUGGAGACAGGAGAGAUCAAACGGGAGUACGGCGGCCACCAGAAAGCCGUGGUCUGCUUGGCUUUUAAUGACAGCGUGCUGGGCUAGCCUGUGUCCUGGUGCGAUUGCAGGCAGCCAUCAGACGGCAUCGGCUGAUGAGGUCAGAGUGCACUCCCACAGGCUAGCGUCUACCCGCCUGGGCUAGCUGGACGGACUGACCUACCCUGGCCCCCGUGGCCGGCCUCGAUCGGCAGGCCAGGCUGCCUGGGGGUUCUGGUAGCCCUCAGUUGUUUAUCUGGAUGUGACAGGGCUCGGGAGGCCGACCCGAGCCAGCCUGGCUGGUGGCCCCCUCCAAGCCAGUGCUUUCCCCCCUCCCUGCCCCUGUUUUGUGU